CUCAAAUCACAGCUUGUUGUAAAAGGAAACGAGAUCUUUAUAUCCACGGUUAGUUUUAAAACACAAUUUGGCAUUGGCAUUGGCAUUGGCAUUGGCAUCCCCCUUUCCUUUUCCUUUAAAGCACUAUGCUUCUCUCUUUUCCAAGGGUUCCUAAAUUCCAAGGUGCAUUUAUUUUAUUUAUAAGAAGAGAGGAAAGCCUUCUUCCCAAGCCCUAAGAUAAUAUAAGCACUGGUAGUGGCUUCAAUGGAGGAAAUGGGUUUUUGCCCUUGUUUUGGUUGGUCCAAAGGCAAGAAGCUGAAGGGCGAUGACAAGAAAGAACUUGGCAGAAAAUGCAAGCCUCAAUUGUGUGCUGGAGUUGGUUCAGUAGGAUCAAAAAGCAUUGCAGGCUUAAGAAAGGAAUCAUCUGCUACAACUGAUGAGCCUAAUGAUGACAAGAGGGCUCACACUUUCAACCAUCAACAACUAGUGAAUGCAACACAAAAUUUCAGAAAAGAAUCCUUGAUAGGGCAAGGUGGAUUUGGGGCUGUUUAUAAAGGGCAAUUAGAAAGUACUGGUCAGGUUGUAGCUGUUAAACAGCUUGAUAAGACAGGGCUCCAAGGGGAAAAGGAGUUCCUUGUGGAGGUUCUCAUGCUUUCUCUCUUGCGUCACCCGAAUCUUGUCAAUUUGAUUGGUUAUUGUGCCGAAGGAGAUCAACGACUUCUCGUAUAUGAGUACAUGCAGCUAGGAUCCUUGGAAGAUCACCUCCAUUAUCUUAGACCUGAUCAGAAACCUUUGGAUUGGAAUACAAGAAUGACAAUAGCUGCUGGUGCAGCAAAAGGCUUGGAAUAUCUUCACACUGAAGCUAAUCCUCCUGUUAUAUAUAGAGAUUUAAAGUCAUCUAACAUACUAUUAGGUGAGGGAUUCAACCCAAAACUCUCUGAUUUUGGGCUUGCAAAGUUCGGUCCGAGUGGAGAUAAAUCACAUGUUUCCACCAGGAUCAUGGGAACCCACGGUUACUGCGCCCCUGAGUACCUCACUAGUGGAAAAUUGACUAUGAAGUCUGACAUCUUUAGUUUUGGGGUAGUCUUAUUGGAGCUGAUAACGGGACGUAAAGCUCUUGAUGAUAGCCGUGCUCGUGAAGAACGAUUCCUUGUUGAUUGGGCACGACCGAUGUUGAAAGAUGGAAUGAACAUUCUGAACUUAGCGGAUCCAUUGCUGAGAGGUCACUUCUCCAAGUCAACCAUGAAGAAAGCUCUAGAGGUGGCCUUCCUAUGCAUCCAAGAAAAUGCUAAUUGCAGGCCCUCUAUUGGUGAUAUAGUGCUUGCUCUUGAUUAUUUGACAUCCCAUCCAUAUAGCGCACAUGAAGUUAAAAGGGUCAGUGUGAAACGGCCGGAGAACAAUGAAUCUCCGAGGGAAACAACCAGGAUGUUAGACAGGGAUUUUAACAGGGAACGAGCGGUGGCUGAGGCCAAGAUGUGGGGGGAGAGUUGGAGGGAGAAAAGACUACAAAGCGCGGAAAAUGGUUCGGAUGGAUCGAACAGGUAAAGGGUACUUUCAUCUCUAAUGUUUUAGAACAUGUCAAGUAGAGAAGGAAGUUAGUAAGAGGAAAGACUUUGUAUAUUCAGUUGAAAGCAGCAAUGGAUUCCCAAAAACCUAUAUAUAGUUUUUCCUUUGAAACAGCAAUAAUAAUGAGUUUAGCAUUUGUUUUGAUAA